AGUAUGGCUGUUGAACAAUGGCAAAUGUGAUUCAAAUUAUAGAUUGAAAGAGUAUUUAUAGUCUAUUAAGAUUAUGCACUUUGAUAAGUUGAUAACAAGAUGAAGAACUUUAGCAUAGCAUGUAUAUUCAUCUCUAAUUCUAGCACACAUCAAGGAUUUUCUUAGCACAAAACAGGGAUGAAGGGGAGACUUUAGGAGGAUGGUUAUAUAAAGAAAUUUUUUCAUUCUUUCUAUCAUUAGCUUGAGCUAAGAGACUUAGGCUAAUAUACCAGGAAUCUAGGGUUAUAUUUUGUACUUAAGACCUUACACAUUUCCUAAUAUCACAUAUAAUAACCCUGCAUCAUUUUUAAAAUGCUAAUAAAAUAAUGCCCUGUUAUAUUUUCUUUUUUAUGAGAUAAUGAGCCUUUUUAUAGGACAUAAUUAAAUAAAAAAAUGUGAAAUAAUUAUAUCAAAAAAAUAUGCAUGUUACCUAAACUUAAAAACAUAAUAUAAUAUUUUCAUAUUCUACUUUGAAUCUUCCUAUGCUGCAUCAUUAAUCUUAUUUUUUACAUUUAAUAAUGUUUAUUGAUUAUAUAGAUGUUAGAUCCAUUUUAUAUGAAUUCAUUAAUAUGUUUGCCCAUUUAUAUUUAAACUUUUACUAAUAUACAGAAACAGGAUCUUAAAAUGGCUCUUCGAAAAUAUAGAAAAGCUUUGAGGUACUUGGAUGUUUGUUGGGCCAAAGAAGAUAUUGAUGAAGAGAAAACGUCUCAGUUAACGAAGACCAAAUCCAUGAUAUUGACAAAUAGUUCUGCUUGUAAAUUUAGGUUAGGAGACUUAAGGGGGUCUCUAAUCGAUACGGAAUUUGCCAUUCGUGAGAAUGCCAGUAAUGCGAAAGCAUUCUUUCGACAGGGUCAGGCUUACAUGGCCCUUAAUGACAUCGAUGCGGCAUCGAAGAGCUUCAGAAAGGCUUUAGAGUUGGAACCAAAUGAUGGAGGAAUUAAGAGAGAACUAGCCACAACCAACAAGAAGAUAGCUGAUAGACUUCACCAGGAGAAGAAAGCUUACGCCAAAAUGUUCCAAUAAAAAUUGGGAAACCUUCGCUGUAGAACUUCUGUUUCCGUAGGUGAUAACCGAAGCCAAUCAAUAAUAAAGCAAGUUAUCUUUUUCGAGUUCCUGACUAACAGCGAAUUUUCAUCAUUUUAUUUAUCAUUAUCAGCAUCUUCACUGUAAUUAUCAGUUAUCCAAAUCACAAAUUUGAUUUAUCUAAAAUGAAAUCACUAGUGUUACUAUAUCUACAUUAUCACUUGCUAACUAAUUAUA